AUGGAGCACAGCGACGGGGAGAUCGCCGCGCCACCCGAGGACCGCCUCAGCGCGCUUCCCGUCGACAUACUCAUCGACAUCCUUCUCAAGCUCCGCGACGCCGCCGCCGCCGCCCAGACCAGCGGCCUCUCCCGCCACUGGCGCCGCCUCUGGGCGCAGCUCCCGGAGCUCUUCUUCCACCCCGCCACGCGUCCCAACGGCAUCCGCGCCGCCAUCGAGUCCAAUGAAUUGCUGGCCCUCCGCCGCCUCGAAGUCAAGGUCAUCCACCCCACCCGCGAGUCCCUGGCGGCCUGGCUUCACAUCGCCGCGCCCCGCCUCUCCGGCGACCUACGAAUCAUCAAGGCGGCGGGGCAGAGCGAAACGGAGGACGAGACCGCGCAAGGAGCCCCCCUUGAGCUACCCUGCUUCGAGAACGCCACCGCGAUCCGCCUCGACCUAGGGAAUCUCGCCCUCGCCAUGCCGCCUGCCGGCGUAUUCGCCGGGCUCACCGAUCUCUUCCUGUCUGGCGUCGACCUGCGUGGUCCGUGCAUGCUCGGUGAUGCCGUCUCCUCGCCGCGCUGCCCGGCCUUACGGAAACUCGCCGUCCAUGGCGCCUCGGGUCUAGCCAACUUUGCGAUCCGCUCAGAUUCUCUCCUGGAAAUCGAGCUAAAACAUCUCAAGGGAGACGGCGCCCUUGGUCUGGGCAACAUCACCAUUCGCUCCGAGUCUCUCUUGCAGAUUGGUCUGAUAAAAGUGCAUGACAUGCAGCAGCUCACUGUUCUUGCGCCGGCGCUCCAAGUGUUGAAUGUGACCUACUGCUUUGCUCAUGGCUCGACUUACAGUGAGCCGGUUGCAAACAUCUGUGCCCCUCAGCUCAUGUGCCUCUAUUGGACCGAUGCCUAUGAACCAAGCUCAACCCAGUUUGGCAACAUCAGAAAUCUCAAGUGGCUGGACACAUACCCUUUUCUUGUAUAUGGACAAGAUUCCCGGAGAUUAUCAAAUGAUUGGUGUUUGGGCCUAAUGCGGCGCUUUGAGAGCAUCCUGUAUCUCACAUUCAUCCUUGUCUAUCCGCUGGACAUUACCAACAAACAGUACUUGAUGGAAGACAUUGCAAGGUUCCCGGACAUUGAAGGCUUGGCCCUGGAGAUAAAGCCAAAAGGACAUUCCUUUGGAGCAAGUGUGUUUCAUGUUCUCCGGAUGUGUACUGGUGUAAAAAGGCUGCGAUUUACACUUAUGGAUGUAAUUAGCCACACCGAGGCACAAAGUGCAUGCCCAUCAGAUUGUGUCUGCGAUCAGCUCCCAAAUUGGAAGACCCAGGAACUCGCGCUGAAUUGCCUCCAAGAAGUAACAAUCCAUAAACUGAAUGGAACUGAACAUGAAGCUGCUCUUAUCAAACAGUUAUUCGAUUGGGCAACAGCGCUAGAAAAUAUGACAAUAGCAUUCCAUGACUCAGUCCCCAAAAGAAAAGCCAAGGAGUUCUUCCAGAUGCUUCAAAGUUUUUCCAGGCCUGAAAUACGUAUGAAGGGCCCUCACUUCGCCUAA